AUGGAUCUUCUUUUAGUUCCUUAUUCUUCAGAUUCCAGCCUGAAACUAAUCCAGUGGCCGCCGUUUUUACUUGCUAGCAAGAUCCCAAUCGCAUUGGACAUGGCAGUUCAAUUUCGAUCAAAGGAUGCUGACCUUUGGAGGCGUAUAUGUGGUGAUGAGUAUAUGAAAUGUACUGUCAUUGAAUGCUAUGAAUCAUUCAAACAUGUUCUGAAUGCUUUGGUCGUUGGAGAAACUGAGAAAAGAAUAAUAGGAAUCAUCAUUAAAGAUGUUGAAAGCAACAUAUCAAAGAAUACAUUCCUUGCAAAUUAUAGAAUGGGUCCUUUACCUGAUCUUUGUAAAAAAUUCGUGGAGCUUGUAGAGAUGUUGAAAGAUGGUAACCUGUCCAAAAAAGAUAGAGUUGUCUUGUUGCUACAAGAUAUGUUAGAAGUAGUUACUCGUGACAUGAUGGUGAAUGAGAUCCGUGAGCUGGCCGAACUUGGUCAUAGUAAUAAGGAUUCUGGAAGACAACUUUUUGUCAAUAUUUUGUUUCCUCCUCCAAAUACAGCACAAUGGGAAGAGCAGAUACGGCGUCUUUAUAUGCUCCUAACCGUAAAAGAAUCUGCCAUUGAUGUGCCAACAAACCUUGAAGCACGUCGAAGGAUAGCAUUUUUCACAAAUUCACUCUUUAUGAAUAUGCCACGCGCUCCUCGAGUUCGCAAAAUGCUUUCAUUCAGCGUCAUGACUCCCUACUAUAGUGAGGAGACUGUUUAUUCAAAGAGUGACCUUGAAAUGGAAAAUGAAGAUGGUGUAUCAAUUAUAUAUUAUCUUCAAAAAAUUUAUCCAGAUGAAUGGAAUAACUUCAGGGAGCGUCUAAAUUGCAACGAACAAGAGGUCUGGGACAAUGAAGAGAACAUUCUGCAAAUACGUCACUGGGCCUCCUUGAGAGGACAAACUCUUAGCAGAACAGUUAGAGGGAUGAUGUACUAUAGAAGGGCUUUGAAACUUCAGGCUUUUCUUGACAUGGCUAGAGAAACUGAGAUACUUGAAGGCUACAAAACCGUUUCAGUACCAUCAGAGGAAGAUAAAAAGAGUCAGAGAUCCUUGUAUGCUCAAUUAGAAGCUGUAGCUGACAUGAAAUUCACAUAUGUAGCCACAUGCCAGAACUACGGGAACCAGAAGCGGAGUGGAGAUCGUCGUGCAACUGACAUUUUAAAUUUGAUGGUGAAUAACCCAUCUCUUCGUGUAGCAUAUAUAGAUGAAGUUGAAGAAAGGGAAGGUGGAAAAAAUAAAAAAGUUUAUUAUUCUGUAUUGGUAAAAGCUGUUGAUAAUCUUGAUCAGGAAAUCUACCGUAUAAAGUUGCCAGGCUCAGCAAAGAUGGGAGAAGGGAAACCUGAAAACCAGAACCAUGCUAUUAUAUUUAGUCGUGGGGAAGCUCUUCAGACCAUUGAUAUGAACCAGGACAACUAUCUGGAAGAAGCUCUUAAGAUGCGCAACCUACUUGAGGAAUUUAAUGAGGAUCAUGGGGUGCGGCCUCCUACUAUUCUCGGUGUUCGUGAACAUGUCUUUACAGGAAGUGUAUCAUCAUUGGCUUGGUUUAUGUCAAAUCAAGAAACAAGCUUUGUCACCCUUGGUCAAAGAGUUCUAGCAAGACCUCUGAAGGUGCGGUUCCACUAUGGGCAUCCAGAUGUGUUUGACAGAAUUUUUCACAUUACCCGUGGUGGCAUAAGCAAAGCAUCUAAGGGCAUUAAUCUUAGUGAGGAUAUAUUUGCCGGUUUCAAUUCGACUCUGAGACGUGGAAAUAUUACUCACCAUGAAUAUAUCCAAGUUGGGAAAGGACGAGAUGUUGGCCUCAACCAGAUAUCACUUUUUGAAGCCAAAGUUGCAUGUGGUAAUGGGGAGCAAACACUCAGCCGUGACAUCUACAGACUGGGCCAUCGUUUUGACUUCUUCCGCAUGUUGUCAUGUUACUAUACAACAACUGGUUUUUAUGUCAACUCAAUGCUUGUGGUCCUUAUAGUCUAUGCCUACUUGUACGGAAAGCUCUAUCUUUCACUUAGUGGAAUGGAGACAGCCAUAGUCAAAUUUGCAAGAUCUAAGGGAGACAAUGCUUUGAAGGCUGUCAUGGCUUCACAGUCACUUGUUCAACUUGGUCUUUUGAUGUCACUUCCCAUGAUAAUGGAAAUCGGACUAGAGCGGGGCUUUAGAACUGCAAUUAGUGAUUUAAUAAUUAUGCAGCUUCAGCUAGCUUCAGUCUUCUUUACUUUCUCUCUUGGGACGAAGCUCCACUAUUUUGGGCGGACGAUUUUACAUGGCGGAGCUAAAUACAGAGCCACUGGACGUGGUUUCGUUGUGAGACAUGAAAAGUUUGCAGAGAACUACAGAAUGUACUCAAGGAGCCAUUUCACAAAGGCACUGGAAUUGCUCAUUUUGCUCAUAGCUUAUCAAAUUUAUGGUGCAGCAGCUCCGGAUUCUACAAUUUUCUUUCUUGUCACUUUCUCGAUGUGGUUUCUUGUUGGUUCAUGGUUGUUUGCACCUUUUCUUUUCAAUCCUUCUGGAUUUGAGUGGCAGAAGAUAGUGGAUGAUUUUGAGGAUUGGAAUAAGUGGAUAAGUAACCAUGGAGGUAUUGGUGUUCCAGCAGUCAAGAGUUGGGAAUCGUGGUGGGAUGAAGAGCAAGAGCAUCUCGAACACACAGGUUUGUCAGGGAGGUUUUGGGAAAUUGUCCUCUCUUCGCGCUUCUUCUUCUACCAAUAUGGAAUCGUUUAUCAUUUGAACGUGGCCAAUGGCGACACAAGUUUGAUGAUUUAUGGUCUAUCGUGGCUGGUUAUUGUUGCCGUGAUGAUAAUCUCGAAGAUUGUGUCCAUGGGAAGGAAGAAGUUCAGUGCAGAUUUUCAGCUGAUGUUCAGACUUCUCAAAUUAUUCCUAUUUAUUGGGUUCAUAGUGAUCCUCGUGGUACUCUUCACAUUCCUAAACCUGAGGACUGGAGAUAUUUUUGCGAGCUUACUCGCCUUUUUGCCAACGGGAUGGGCUCUGCUGCAGAUUGCCCAAGCUUGCCGGCCUAUAGUGAAGGGAUUGGGAAUGUGGGGGUCUGUUAAAGCUCUAGCAAGAGGGUACGAGUAUAUCAUGGGAUUAGUGAUAUUUACACCCGUGGCGGUUCUAGCCUGGUUCCCAUUUGUCUCAGAAUUCCAGACUAGGCUGCUCUUCAACCAGGCCUUCAGCAGAGGACUUCAAAUCCAGCGGAUUCUGGCUGGUGGAAAGAAGCACAACAAAGCUGACAAUAUGUACCGACUUCCUAUCCUUGUAGAUUUGGUGCUAUAUAUACAGCAAAGCUUACAGCUGCCUCUGCUUCUUUACGUAUGGUGUAAGCAGGUUCUGCCAACAGCAACCGUACAAGUUGAUUCAACUAACAUAAUUGAAAAAGCAUCCUCAGCUCAGGCACGCCUUAACUUGUAUAGAGCCACCAUAAGGAGAAUUGAAAAAGCAUGGUGGUCUGCAGCUGAUGCUGGAUGA